AUGAUGUACGUGCUCCAGCAGGACAGCUGGGUGAUGGGCAGUUGCCCUUGUAAUGGCCUGGUCCAGAUGGGGCCCACACUCUGUCCUCCCUCUCCAACCUUCCUCUCUGCCGGCCUCGGGGUAUUUGCCCCCUCGGAGACCUACCCUUUGCCCAUGACGAGCUCCAGCUGGAAGUCCCAGCUGGACUCCCUGUUACCAUCAGGCCCUUCCACCAGCUCCACAGGGGCCCAAGCCAUGGCUGAGCCCACAGAGCAGGGCCCCAAGAACCCACGUGUAUCUGAUGUGACGGUUCAGCUGGAGAUGAAGGGUCCGUGGGACGAAUUCAACCAGCUGGGCACAGAGAUGAUUGUCACCAAGGUGGGCAGGAGGAUGUUCCCCACCUUCCAGGUGAAGAUCCUGGGCAUGGACACGCUGGCUGACUUUGCCCUGCUCAUGGACUUCAUGCCUUUGGAUGACAAGAGAUACAGGUAUGCCUUCCAUAGCUCGGCCUGGCUGGUGGCGGGCAAGGCGGACCCAACCACGCCUGGCCGCGUGCACUUCCACCCCGACUCGCCGGCCAAGGGCGCACAGUGCAUGCGCCAGAUUGUGUCCUUCGACAAGCUCAUGCUGACCAACAACCUGCUGGACGACAACGGCCAUAUCAUUCUCAGCCCUGUGCACCGCUACCAGCUGCGCUUCCACGUGGUCUUCGUGGACCCACGCAAAGACAGCCAGCGCUACACGCAGGAGAACUUCAAGUCCUUCAUCUUCACGGAGACCCAGUUCACGGCCGCGACGGCAUAUCAGAACCACCGGAGCACCCAGCUGAAACUCACCAGCAACCCUUUUGCCAAGGGCUUUAGGGAGAGUGACCCGGACUCCUGGCCUAUAUCUCCACGGCCCCUGCUCAGAGUCCGGACCCGGAGUCCCAGCAGCCUCCGCCCCUGCCUGCCGAAGGGCUCCACAGAGCAGGCGAAAGACCCCCUAAACGCCGACCCCGAACAUCCUGGAGCACUUCCUCUGAGGUCCCGGAACCCCGCGGGCACGGAGAAACGCGGGUCCCGGCGGGGCCUUAACAGCCAGACACCCCGGCUCGCGAACCCCGCGGUCAGCACGGCCGUGCCCGGUCGCCGGGCCAGGCGCGACGCCGGCUGCUCUAGGCGUUCGUAA